CCCGCUCAGUCACAAGGACUCUUCAAAAGACACCCAGGGUCGGCUUUCUAGCUCAAUGUGUGGUGUGUCGUGUGAGGGCCCGUCGAUGCGCGCUGCUGCUCGUCUUGGCUCUCCGCUGCUUGGUCUUUUACCACCGUCCGAGGUCACCGUGGUCAAGAAUGCCAACCCUCGCCAGGGCAAGUGGCAUAUGUUGAGUUCUACCGGUUUUUUCGCUGCUGCUGGUGCGAUUGCAAAGAAUUACAAACCGCUUGUUCCGAAAAUAGCACGGUCAUCCAUCAACUGUCGGCUGCAAUUACUUCCGCCAAUCUUAACUUCCGGAAGCUUGCUGUCGGUUGAAUUUCCUCCUCGAUCCGCAGCGGCACCCGGACCGGCAUUUCACCCCGGUGUGUUCCGGCGUUUGGUAAACGAUCUGUACAUCGGGGGUUACACCAUUUCAUUGAUCACGCUCAUCGUGUCGCUGUGUGUCUUCUUUAGCUUUAGGACCCUGAAAUGCACUCGCAUCCGCAUCCACAUCAACCUGUUCAUCUCGCUGGCCCUGAGCUGCAUCUGCUGGCUCUGUUGGUACAAGCUUGUCAUCGAAGAUCCGGAUGUGACCAACCGAAACGAGGACUGGUGCAUCGGAUUGCACAUCCUGCUCCAUUACCUGAUGCUGGUCAACUAUUUCUGGAUGUUUUGCGAAGGGCUCCACCUACAUCUGGUGCUGGUAAUUGUCUUCAUCAAGGAUGCCAUUGCGAUGCGAUGGUUUGUCACCAUCGGUUGGAUAUUUCCGGUUCUGUUCGUCGCAACCUAUGCAGCGAUCCGGAGCAACUACACCACCGAUGUGGAGCA